AUGCGCUUUGAACAGCCGCUUUGCCGCUGGGAAGUACGGGUCCUGCCGGGAAUACCGUCCGUCGUGGAGCCGGAGGUGGAGGAUCCGCUCUGGAGCUUUGUGCGGGUUCUGGAGAAGCGAGAUGGGACCGCGCUUCGACUGCAGCAGUACGGCUCCGGAGGCGUGGGUUGCGUUGUGUGGGACGCCGCCAUCGUCCUUGCCAAAUACCUGGAGACGCCGGGGUUUUCUGGCGAUGGGGCCCACGCUCUGAGUCGGCGCUCGGUGCUGGAGCUGGGUUCCGGCACGGGGGCCGUGGGGCUCAUGGCUGCGACCCUCGGGGCAGAUGUUAUAGUCACUGAUCUUGAGGAGCUACAAGACUUGCUGAAAAUGAAUAUUAAUAUGAACAAGCAUCUUGUGACUGGUUCUGUUCAAGCCAAGGUACUGAAAUGGGGUGAUGACAUAGAAGACUUGAUGUCACCAGACUACAUAUUAAUGGCGGACUGCAUAUACUAUGAGGAGUCCUUGGAACCAUUGCUGAAAACACUAAAAGAUCUCAGCGGAUCUGAAACUUCUAUUAUAUGUUGUUACUUACAACGUACAAUGGGGAAAAAUCCAGAAAUUGAGAAGAAAUAUUUUGAGCUCCUGCAGCUAGACUUUGACUUUGAAAAAAUCCCUUUGGACAAACAUGAUGAAGAAUACCGAAGUGAAGACAUUCAUAUUCUACACAUCAGAAAGAAAAAUCCGAAACCGCCAUCAUGAAGCCCUUUUCCAUUACCCGUGCCCCCAGCAUCCUGGGUAAGGUAAAGCUGUGACCACGCAUGCACACCGCAUGGAAGACUGCCUUACAGAGUUCCCAGCAUGUCUUAGAGAUCUGGCUCCUGGAUGACCGCUGCCUUGGACUGCCCACAGUGUGAAAUGCCUGCCUGCCCGUGGGCCUGAAAUCUAACUUAGGUUUACUUAGCUCAGCAUCAAGUUCUGUUUAAAGGAAACAUUGACAAUCACUCAAAUAAAGAUUAAUUUUGAGGGCAGCCUCAAGUCUGAAGCAGCAUGGUUGACUCGGUACAUUUUCAAGAAACUUAGAAAUAAAUUGCUCCAAUUUCUGAUGGCA